AUGGAGCUCUCCCGGAGGAAGGCGCCGCCGCGCCCCCCGCGCCCCGCCGCGCCGUUCCCUCUGCUCGCCUAUCUGCUGGCGUUGGCGGUCCCCGCCCGGGGCGCGGACGAACCGGUGUGGCGAUCGGAACAAGCCAUCGGAGCCAUCGCGGCGAGCCGGGCGGACGGCGUGUUCGUGGCGAGCGGUAGCUGCCUGGACCAGCUGGACUACAACCUGAAACACAGGCUCUCGCGCCUGUACCGGGACCAAGCCGGCAACUGCACCGAGCCCGUCUCGUUGGCGCCCCCCGAGCGUCCCCGGCCCGGGAGCAGCUUCAGUAAGCUGCUUUUACCCUACCGCGAGGGGGCAGCCGGCCUCGAGGGUUUGCUGCUCACAGGCUGGACCUUCGACCGGGGCGCCUGCGAGGUGAGGCCCCUGGGCAACCUGAGCCGUAGCUCGCUGCGCAACGGCACCGAGGUGGUGUCGUGUCAUCCACAGGGCUCGACGGCCGGCGUGGUGUACCGAGCCGGACCUCACAACCUCUGGUAUCUGGCCGUGGCCGCCACCUACGUGCUGCCCGAGCCGGACACGGCGAACCGGUGCAACCCGGCCGCCUCCGAUCGCGACACGGCCAUCGCGCUCAAGAACACGGAGGGGCGCAGCCUGGCCACGCGGGAGCUGGGUCGUCUCAACCUGCGCGGCGGCGGCGCGGGCAGCCUGCACUUCGUGGACGCCUUCCUCUGGAACGGCAGCGUCUACUUCCCCUACUACCCCUACAACUACACGAGCGGAGCCGCCACCGGCUGGCCCAGCAUGGCGCGCAUCGCGCAGAGCACUGAGGUGCUCUUCCAGGGCCAGGCGGCCCUCGACUGCGGUCACGGCCACCCCGACGGUCGCCGCCUGCUGCUCUCCUCCAGCCUGGUGGAGGCCGCGGACGUCUGGGCCGGGGUGUUCAGCGCGGCCACCGGAGAGGGCCAGGGGAGGCGCUCCCCGACCACCACGGCGCUCUGCCUCUUCCGGAUGCGCGAGGUCCAGGCGCGCGCCAGGAGCUGCAGCUGGGACUUCGAGACGACCCAGCACAACUGCAAAGAAGGGGACCAACCCGAACGAGUACAGCCAAUCGCGUCAUCGACGUUGGUCCAUUCUGACCUGACAUCUGUUUAUGGCACCGUGGUGCUGAACAGGAUCGUGUUAUUCUUGGGGACUGGAGAUGGACAGUUACUUAAGGUUGUUCUUGGUGAGAAUUUGACUUCAAAUUGUCCUGAGGUUAUCUACGAAAUUAAAGAAGAAACGCCUGUCUUCUACAAGCUCGUUCCUCAUCCUGUGAAGGAUACCUACAUCUAUCUAACAGCUGGGAAAGAGGUGAGGAGAAUUCGUGUUGCAAACUGCAGAAAACACAAACCCUGUUCGGAGUGCCUAACAGCAGCCGACCCCCACUGUGGCUGGUGCCUCCCGCUACAAAGGUGUACUUUUCAAGGAGACUGUGUACAUUCAGGGAACUUGGAAAACUGGCUGGAUAUUUCAUCUGGAGCUAAAAAGUGUCCGAAAAUUCAGAUGAUUCGAAGCAUUAGAGAGAAGACCACAGUAACCAUGGUGGGCAGUGUCUCUCCGAGACACUCCGAGUGCACAGUGAAGAAUGUGGACACCAACAAGCUGCUGUGUCAGGGGAGAAGCCAGCUGAACCGGACAUGUACCUGCAGCAUCCCCACCAGACCAAGCUACAAUGUCUUCGUUGUCAACGUGACAUUCUCCUUCCCUUCUUGGAAUUUAUCACAAAGAUUCAACUUCACCAACUGCGCCUCAUUAAGAGAAUGCCCAGCAUGUACUGGAACUGGCUGUGCUUGGUGUAAACGUGAAAGAAAAUGCAUCCACCCCUUCACAACCUGUGACCCGUCUGACUAUGAGAGAAGCCAGGAGCUCUGUCAAGUUGCCAUGGAGAAGUCACCCAAGGUCUCAGGAGAAGGAAGAGUCGAGGAGAAUAAGGGAAAUAGAACCAACCAGGACUUGCAGGUCUUCUACAUUAAGGCCAUCGAGCCACAGAAAAUAUCGACUUUAGGGAAAAGUAACGUAAUAGUUACAGGAGCAAACUUCACCCGGGCAUCGGACAUCACGAUGAUCUUGAAAGGAACCAGUACAUGCGAUAAGGAUGUGAUCCACGUUAGCCACGUGCUGAACGACACCCACAUGAAGUUCUCACUCCCAUCGGGCCGCAAAGAAAUGAAGGACGUGUGCAUCCAGUUUGAUGGUGGGAGCUGCUCUCCCGCAGGGGCUCUGUCCUACAUUGCGCUGCCACAUUGUUCCCUGAUAGUCCCCGCUGCCACCUGGAUCAGUGGUGGGCAAAAUAUAACAAUCAUGGGCAGAAAUUUCGAUGUAAUUGACAACUUAAUCAUUUCACAUGAGUUAAAGGGACACAUAAACGUCUCUGAGUAUUGCCAGGCCACUUCCUGCGGAUUUUUAGCACCCAAUUUAAAGAGUUCCAAAGCACGUACAAACGUUGUGGUGAAACUGAGAGUCCAAGAUACCUACUUGUAUUGUGGAACCCUGCAGUACCUUGAGGACCCCAGAUUUACAGGGUACCGAGUAGAAUCUGAGGUUGACACAGAAUUGGAAGUGAAAAUUCAAAAAGAAAAUGACAACUUUAACAUUUCCAAGAAAGACAUUGAAAUUACUCUAUUCCAUGGAGAAAACAAGCAAUUAAAUUGCAGUUUUGAAAAUAUUACCAGAAAUCAAGAUCUCACCACCAUCCUGUGCAAAAUUAAAGGCAUCAGGAAUGCAAAUCACAUCGCCACCUCCUCCAAGAAAGUUCGAGUCAGAUUGGGAAACUUGGAGCUCUACGUGGAGCAGGAAUCCGUUCAUUCCACUUGGUAUUUUCUCAUCGUGCUUCCCGUCUUGCUGGCCGUUGUCAUUGUUGCUGCCGUGGGGGUGACCAGGCACAAAUCGAAGGAACUGAGUCGCAAACAGAGCCAACAGCUGGAGUUACUAGAGAGUGAACUCCGGAAGGAGAUACGUGAUGGCUUUGCUGAGCUGCAGAUGGAUAAAUUGGAUGUGGUUGAUAGUUUUGGAACGGUUCCCUUCCUUGACUACAAACAUUUUGCUCUGAGAACUUUCUUCCCUGAGUCAGGUGGCUUCACACACAUCUUCACUGAGGAUAUGCAUAACAGAGAUGCCAAUGACAAGAAUGAAAGCCUCACAGCUUUGGAUGCCCUUAUCUGUAAUAAAAGUUUCCUAGUUACUGUCAUCCACACCCUAGAAAAACAGAAAAACUUCUCCGUCAAGGACAGGUGUCUGUUCGCCUCCUUCCUCACCAUCGCUCUGCAAACCAAGCUCGUCUACUUGACCAGCAUCCUGGAGGUGCUCACCAGGGACCUGAUGGAGCAGUGCAGCAACAUGCAGCCCAAACUCAUGCUCAGGCGCACCGAGUCUGUGGUAGAAAAACUCCUCACAAACUGGAUGUCCGUCUGCCUGUCGGGCUUUCUUCGGGAGACUGUUGGAGAGCCGUUCUAUUUGCUGGUGACGACUCUGAACCAGAAAAUAAACAAGGGUCCUGUGGACGUCAUCACUUGCAAAGCGCUGUACACUCUUAAUGAAGACUGGCUUCUCUGGCAGGUUCCUGACUUCAGCACGGUGGCAUUAAACGUUGUCUUUGAAAAAAUCCCAGAAAACGAGAGUGCAGAUGUCUGUCGGAAUAUUUCAGUCAACGUUCUUGACUGUGAUACCAUAGGCCAAGCCAAAGAAAAGAUUUUCCAAGCAUUCCUAAGCAAAAACGGCUCUCCUUAUGGACUUCAGGUUAAUGAGAUUGGUCUAGAGCUUCAAGUAGGCACACGACAAAAAGAGCUUCUGGACAUUGACAGCUCUUCUGUGAUCCUUGAAGAUGGAAUAACCAAGCUAAACACCAUUGGCCACUAUGAGAUCUCAAAUGGAUCCACUAUAAAAGUCUUUAAGAAGAUAGCAAACUUUACUUCAGAUGUGGAAUACACGGAUGACCACUGCCAUUUGAUUUUACCAGAUUCGGAAGCAUUCCAAGAUGUACAGGGGAAGAGACAUCGAGGGAAACACAAGUUCAAAGUAAAGGAAAUGUAUCUGACAAAGCUACUGUCAACCAAGGUGGCAAUUCACUCUGUGCUUGAGAAACUCUUCAGGAGCAUCUGGAGCCUGCCCAACAGCAGGGCCCCCUUCGCCAUCAAGUACUUCUUCGACUUCCUAGAUGCCCAGGCUGAAAAUAAAAAGAUCACAGAUCCCGAUGUCGUACAUAUUUGGAAAACAAACAGCCUUCCUCUUCGCUUCUGGGUGAACAUCCUGAAGAACCCUCAGUUUGUCUUUGACAUUAAGAAGACGCCGCACAUAGACAGCUGUUUGUCGGUGAUCGCCCAGGCGUUCAUGGAUGCCUUUUCUCUCACGGAGCAGCAACUAGGGAAGGAAGCACCAACUAAUAAGCUUCUCUAUGCCAAGGAUAUACCAACCUACAAAGAGGAAGUAAAAUCUUAUUACAGAGCAAUCAGGGACUUGCCUCCAUUGUCAUCUUUAGAAAUGGAAGAAUUCUUAACUCAGGAAUCGAAGAAACACGAAAAUGAAUUUAAUGAAGAAGUGGCCUUGACAGAAAUCUACAAAUACAUCGUAAAAUAUUUUGAUGAGAUUCUAAAUAAACUAGAAAGAGAACGAGGGCUGGAAGAAGCUCAGAAACAACUCUUGCAUGUAAAGGUCUUAUUUGAUGAAAAGAAGAAAUGCAAGUGGAUGUGAGCACUGUGGGCCUGGCUUAACCUGGCAAAGUUCUUCAGACGACUUGGGAGCAAAAACGGCAGCUUGAGCUACUCUGUCGUUAAUUUCUGAAGUUUGCACAUGGGUUCCACUUUAAGCACUGUCUUUUAAGAGACCGGGGCACACGCACAGCUUUCAGAAAGCCUAUCAACCACUGUGCCUGUGAGCAUUACCGUGGGAACCUUUCUGUAAAUAGAGUUGAAGUGGUUGUUGCAAACAGCCUCCUUGUUUACAGAGAAUACAGGGCCAGUAAACAAGUGUCAGUAUUGUAACUACAGUCUCCACUUAAGCACAAUGAUAUCUAAGUGGUUGCGAUGGAAAACUGCAGCUAUGUAGCACUUGUGACUACACUGUACUUCUGCAGAAGAGGGAUACUAGCGAUGUUCAAAAGAAAAUGUGAAAUGAGUCCAUUGGAAACAAGGUGGGGGUGUUAGGGCAACCUUGAGGAUCUGCAGCAUUGAAACUUUCCCCAGUAGUUCUUGGAAAAGCUGAACGGCAGAAUUUGGUAGUGUGUACACUUAGCAUUUGUGAGCGUGUGUGUUUAAACCAAAAACUAACAGUGUUGCAACAUUGUUGAAAGGGCUUGUGUUUUUCAGUGGUUGCCAACUGCACUCGACAAAGCACCUCCAUUUCAUCAAGGAGCUCUAAAGCAAGGAGAGUGAGCGGGCUUUACUGAAAUGCAACAGCAUUUUUUCCAGAUACUCUGUCCUGAUGUGUGUUCCUUUCUUACUUUGCCUUGUCAUGUAUCUGGUAGUGGACAUGUUGGGUAUUAUUAUAAGACGAAAAGAGUUCAUCAUGUCUGUUUAAAAACCUUUGAUGGGAACUGUGCGUGGAAGUGGUGAAGUCACUCCUGUAAUCCUACAUUUCUAUGCUAGUGUCUCCUUGCUUUAGAUUUCUGGUGAACCCUGUGGUUAUAAAUACGUGUGUGAUUAAAAAAAAAAAAAGAUACAUUUUACAUUUCAUCAAAUUGUUGUUCACACUGGAGUAUUAUAUAUAAAUAUAUAUAUUUGAGGCCCAAGGCCUGGAGAAUAUUAGUACAACUUGGUAUCUUAGUCUUACUAUGUACUUUUUUGAAAGUAUUCCUUACAGGAGAAAGAAUUUAAAAUACCCAUUUUAUUCAUGCUUUCUUUUUUUUUUUUUUCAAAGAAUUCCUUCUCUAGUAAUAAUGUAGUCUUACUGAUGACUUUUUAUUCCUGAAUUUUUGCUGCUCAUGACCAGUUUUAAUACCACUGUGUUUUCCUUCUAGUCACCAGAAGAAGUCAAAAGUGUAAUUGGCAACUCUCAAGCUUGCCUGUGGCAGGCCCCUUUUUUACCCUUGGUGCUCCAAAUCCCCAGUCUAGGAAGGAAUUUUUCUUUUUUUCCAACUAGCAAAUAUAACAUUGAUCACGCAUUCCUUAAAGCCAUUGACCAACACUGUAUGGAAUAUCAGGAAUGAAAUGUAAAUUUGUCUUGCAAUUCUUUUUUUUUUUUUUUGCUCCUUAACAUCUGGUAAAGUGUGAGAUUGGUAACACCUUAAUAGUUCCAGAGAAAUAAGCAGUUACUGCCCUUCCCAAACCUGUCGCUUGACCAUUGUCUGUUCAAUGGACACAUCUCAAAACGACUACCAAAUAGAUUACUUAAGAAUAAAGGUGAGAGGUCUGGUCCCCAUCUAAAGCUGCUACAGUCUUCAAAGAGGUAAAGGCGUUCUUAAGAGAACAUUGUAGGAGAGUUGAGAGCCAAGGGUAGGAGAGUUGCCCAAAAGACUUCCCCAUUCUCUGGGGUACAGAAAACUCAAAGGAUCAGCCACAGCUUUAUCUAAGUAUUUAUUAAAUGCUACACAAGGGUGUCCCUGCCCUGUCCUGCUCUCUGACAUGAGUCCUGUGUGGAGAGUUUCCUCCUCUUCCAGGAGUUGGGAACUUUGGGCAAGUCACUUACCUCUUUGUGCCUCAAUUUCUGUAUAUUUCUAACCUACCUCACUGAGGUGGUGUGAAGAUUCACUAAUGUAUGUAGCGUGUUUGUCAAUCCUCCAGUGAAAAGCACUGUCUAGAUCACAUUGGAUCACAUUAGCCAAAUGCAGUGAACGGCCAAAUGAGAUGUGUGCUGAAGACAAUCAGUCACUGGGUCUAUAAAACAGCAACUAGAGAAACAAAUGGCAAACAAUAUCUAUUUUCAAAUUUCUUUACAUAUUUUUUUGGUGCAAAACAAUUCAUUUAUAAAUUUUUUUUCCUAACACUAGUGUCUACAGCAGCAUUUAAAAAUGAGUUGUGUUACCUUUUCUGUAUUAGGAUUUAAAGUCUAUUUCUUACUGUAUACCUGAUUGAAGCUGUUCUCGGAGAUGAAUGUUUUAAAUGUCUAUAUCCAAAAAUAAACAUUUUGAUGUAAA